UACAAUUAAACGAGCAGCAGAAGAAGACGAAGCGGCACCACCGAAGAAGAAGAAGAAGCAGAAGAAGAAGAAGAAGAAGAAGAGACGCUGCUGCUGACUGCCGGAGCCCUACGUGAACGUCCUGUGCUCCUCCUCUGACCCCUGACCUCUGACCCCUGACCCCGUGACGAUGGUGCUGAGGGAGGUCCCCGUCGAGAACAUUGCCCGUCCUCUGGGCAGGAACGAGGUCAUCGGCCUGCUCUUCCGUCUCACCAUAUUCGGAGCCGUCACCUACUUCACCAUCAAGUGGAUGGUGGACGCCAUCGACCCGACCAGGAAGCAGAAGGUGGAGGCUCAGAAACAGGCGGAGAAGUUGAUGCGUCAGAUUGGAGUUAAAAAUGUGAAGCUGUCUGAAUACGAGAUGAGCAUCGCUGCUCACCUGGUCGACCCUCUGAGCAUGCAGAUCACAUGGAGGGACAUCGCCGGUCUGGACGAGGUGAUCACAGAGUUAAAGGAGACCGUCAUCUUACCUGUUCAGAAGAGACACCUGUUCCAGGGAUCCAGACUGCUGCAGCCCCCUAAAGGUGUGCUGCUGUACGGGCCUCCGGGCUGCGGGAAAACGCUCAUCGCCAAGGCGACGGCCAAGGAGGCGGGGUUUCGUUUCAUCAACCUGCAGCCGAGCACGCUGACGGACAAAUGGUACGGCGAGUCCCAGAAGCUGGCGGCCGCCGUCUUCUCAUUGGCUGUCAAACUGCAGCCGUCCAUCAUCUUCGUCGACGAGAUAGACUCGUUCCUGAGGAGCCGGUCCAGCUCAGACCACGAGGCCACGGCCAUGAUGAAGGCCCAGUUCAUGAGUCUGUGGGACGGACUGGACACAGACCACCACUGCCAGGUGAUCAUCAUGGGAGCCACCAAUCGUCCUCAAGACCUGGACUCUGCUAUUCUGAGGAGGAUGCCCACCAGGUUCCACAUCAACCAGCCUAGCACGAUGCAGAGAGAGCAGAUCCUCAAACUCAUCCUGGAGGACGAGAGCGUCGACGAUUCAGUGGACCUCGUUGACGUCUCCAAGGAGACGGACGGUUUCUCAGGAAGUGACCUCAGAGAGAUGUGUCGCGACGCCGCUCUGCUCUGUGUCCGGGACUACGUCCACACGCAGAACGACAGUACAUUAGAGGACUUCAUCCGUCCGAUCCAUCAGUCCGACCUUCAGAAGGCGAUCGGUAAGAUGAAGAAAUCAAAGAUGGCGGGCGGUCACAGCGCUCUGCUUCACGCCGCUCUGGACUGAACACACACACACACACACACACACACACACACACACACACACACACACACACACUCUGAUCACACCAGCUCAGCCUGCAGUCGCUGGUUUGAUUCCCGACCCGUUCCGUUGAGGCCGUUCGUACUGACCUGCCUGUGUUUAAAUAUGUGCCACUUGUUUUUAUUUAAAUCAGCUGAUCAUGAUGCUGAAGUCAGAAAUAGAAAUAAAAAUAUGAAACACAAA